AUGGCUGACGAAGUUAGAGUUAACAAAAUGGGAAAGCACUUAAUUUUAGAUUUUUAAGGCGUUGAAAAAGUUGAUUUAAACAGUUUUGCUGUUAUUGAUAAGCUCUUCAAGGAUACCUUGUCCAAAGUUGAUAUUACUGUUGAAGACAUUCAAAAGAAGGAAUUUGUUCCUCAAGGUUUGACUGCCAUUUACAUGUUGCGUUCUGGACAUUUAACUAUUCACUCAUGGCCUGAAAGUAAGGCUUGUGCUAUCGACUUUUACCACAGUGGUGUCGAUACUUGGAACACAGUAAGACAUGUUGAAGAAUGCCUUUGUGAUGCUAUGGGAUGGGAAAACUGUACUUCCACAGUUACUAUUCCCAGAGGUGUUCACUCUAGACUUUACUGUAAUGAAAACCAAGCUAAGUGCGAAAUUCUUAAUCACGUUAAGUUAGUUCACAGAGAAAAGACUCCCUUCCAAGAAUUGAGAGUUUAUGAUACUAAAUACAUGGGCAGAGUUUUAUUACUCGACGGAUAAGUUCAAAUCAGCGAUGAAUUAGAUGAUAACUAUACAAUCGAUAUGUCUCGUGAAGUUGUCAAGGGCGAAAAAACCUACGAACAUAUUCUUAUCAUUGGUGGUGGUGACAUGUUGAUUGCCAACUACUUGCUUGAAAGUUUCCCUAACGUAAAGAAAAUUACUGUCUGCGAAAUUGAUGAACGUGUUGUUGAAAACGUUAGAAAGUACUUCAAGAUGUCUGAAAAUAUUAACAAAAAUAUUGAAAGUGGAAGACUCAACGUAGUUUACCAAGACGGAGCUGAAUAUGCUAAAAAGCUCGCAGAGGAAAACAAUUUAGUAGAUGGUAUAAUUAUAGAUUGCACUGAUGUCUGGCUUGAAGGUGGUGUUGCCUCUUCAUUGUUCACUGUUGAUUUCUAUAAAGCUAUCUACGGAUGUAUGAACAAAGGCGCCAGAUUCUCUCAAUAAUUGUCCUUCAAGGAUCUCGUUCCUUAAUUCAAACUCAAGUGGUAAGAAGCUGGCUUCGAAGAUAUCGAUGUCAUCUAAACUACUACUCCUGAAUAUGGUGAGGAUCUCCCCAUUGCCAAUGUUGGAAAGUGA